AUGCGGCCCCCGGACGAGGGGGAUGCUAUUUCUUUUGCCUCGAAGAACGGCCAUGCUGACGUGGUCGAACUUCUGCUCAGGCACGGUUCUGAGCCCAACGGUCCCCAUCUGCCGCUCAGCUUGGCGGUAGAAGCUGACCACCAACGGGUUGUUGAGCUUUUACUUAACACAGGAGCUGAUCCGAAGGGCACUUCAAGUAGACAGCCCAUUCUAGGGGUCGCUCUGAGUUUUGAGCCCUUAUUCAAAUUACUUCUUUGUCGGGGUGCUAGCCCAGCCUUCCUGGAGGGCCAAACAGCGUCCUAG